CAAGGGGAGUAACUGCUUAAUUACGUAAAGUUCAAAUAUAAACAUUUGUUUACAUGAGAUUAAUGGGCUUUCAUGUCAUUUAACAUUCAUUUUAAAAGGUUAUCAUAAUAUCGAAACAAAUCUCGGAUACAUCUGGGUCACUUUGUUCGAGUAUAGACUAUUCACACCGAUACUCGCCUUAUUUGUAUUUACCUGAGAAAAAUGGCGGAUGAUUGUUUACAUCUCGACAGAUUAAUUCCUGACUGAUGGAUCAUCACAGAAAGCAAUAUACGAACUCAAGUCACUCUACAGAGAUGGCAUGCAUACGACAAUGAGUGUGCGACGGUGUCUGUGCAGCCGACAUACGUUCGUCUGGCUGCUUGUGUUCCACGCAACGGCGCUCGGGGUCCUCCUGCUUAUGCUGUUCGACCGUUUGACGUCAUCACCCACCAAUCCAUACCACAAGGCCGCGUUCGAACGCUGGAUGAACAUACGGGAUAAUUUUGACGUGUAUCAGAAAGAACAGAUCCAACAAGACGAGAUGAUGAAACACAAGGUACAAUGGCGGCAAAUGGACGCCGUGAUGAGUUUUAACGAUAUAAAUAAAGACCCUCACAAUACAGCAGAGGAGUUUACAGCUCUUCAGAAGAGAAUAAAGGAGGAAGAGAGACGGAUGGAUGAGGCUGUGAAAAGCGCUAAUGUCCCUUUAGAUUACAUACCACCUGUACCUGAAUUCUCCGAGAUUGAUAUAGUGCCAUACUUAGCUAGUAACAUAACCAAUAAGUAUUUGCGAUUACCAAAGAGCCUUAAAGGAAAGAAAUCGUUUAAAAAAGAAAUUGUGAUACUGACGCCAGUGUGUGAUGUGGCGCAUUUAAUAGAGAACUUCGUCAAGGCGUUAGCGAAUCUCUCUUACCCUCACGAGAAGAUGUCUGUCUAUUUUGGCGAGGACAGCAGUACGGAUGAGACAUACAGUGCGGUGCUACUCGCUGCUCAGGAGCUUAAGUCAAAACAUGGCUUUAGGGACGCCGCUGUGUUCAGGUUUAAUGUUAGUGGCGGCGUCCACGGAAGCUGGGAUGAUAUUCACGCCAAAGGGAAUCAGCUGUUGAGAAGAUCUCAUCUCGCAAAGGCCAGAAACAUGCUGCUCAAGGAGAGCCUUUCAAAAACACACCCAGACUAUGUUCUAUGGAUAGACAGUGAUGUGAAAACGCUACCCGAUAAUCUCAUUCAACAUUUGCUGUAUGCGAAGUCGGACGUGGUUGUGCCUUCAUGCUUAUUCAUUCAGGGACGUUUUAAGAAGUUCUAUGACCGUAAUUCAUGGCGUGAGACGCCCACCUCUAUAGAAGAUCAGGCCGAACUCCCAAAGGACGUGCUCUUGGUCGAAGGCUACAGCCACUCGACUCGCAUCUUCCUGCCGGACCUGAAGGCGGAGGGUCGUGUCGUGCAUUUAGACGGCGUCGGCGGCUGCGUCCUCAUGGUACGGACGGAGUGUCACCGGAAGGGACUGGUGUUUACUGAGGAAGUGUAUGAACACCAUAUAGAGACGGAGGGUCUGGGAAAGAUGGCCAACAAUAUGGGCUUCAGCGUUAACGGUCUACCCUGGGUUGAAGUGUUCCACAACUAAGACCAAUAUUUCUGUUGUUUUGUCGGACGUUUUAACUCUUACAGAAUGUCGGAUUGGGGAUGGGGGAACUAAAUCAUUGCGGCUACGUCAAAAUAUAAAUAUAAUAUAUUUAUAAACUAUAGGUAUUAGCCAUUAGACGAUUAUGCAUGUCAUAUAUUUUGUCGACACAACAUGUUGUUACUAUGACAGCAAUACAAGUGUGAAUACUAGCUAUGUUUAUGAAAUAUUUGUGUACAGGUAGAUAGGUGUAGCAUACUAGGCUUCGUGAAGGAGGCUCCAGCAGUGCCAUCCAUAUCCUGUUCAUAUUUAUCUUGGUUACACCUAUUAUUUUCCGCACGGUCUUAUUUUGUCUGCUCGGUCAUGGGUUUUGGAAGUAGGAUAGUUAAGUAGUUUAAGGUCGAUUGAAGGUCGAUACUAUAUUACUUUCUAGUUUAGACAUGUAUUUCAUCUUGUAUGUUUGUACUUUGUUUCUAGUUUAGACAUGUAUUUCAUCUUGUAUGUUUGCACUAUGUUUUAGGUCGUUUGAAAAACGUCCGUCAUAGACUUGGUGUCGUCUUCGGCGUGUACACACUUUAACCUCUGCCAUACAAAAUUGUUCAAUAUAUUCAAAUGAUAGUUGGUAUAUAUGUUGUCAGAUACUGGACACACAUAUAAAGCGAAUCUUCGAAAGGUUAUGCCCUUUGUCGACGGGUAAACAGACGAGCUCCAAGGCGCUCUUGUUUACCAACGGAAAGGACAGACGAGCUCCACGAUGCUCUCGUUUACCAACAGAUUGAACAGACGAACUCCACGGCGCUCUCGUUGACCAACGGAUCGAACAGACGAGCUCCACGGCGCUCUCGUUUACCAAUGGAAAGAACAGACGAGUUUACCAACGGACAGAACAGACGAGCUCCACGGCGCUCUUGUUUACCAAACGGAUAGAACAGACGAGCUACACGGCGCUCUUGUUUACCAACGGAUAGCACAGACGAGCUACACGGCGCUCUUGUUUACCAACGGUUAGCACAGACGAGCUCCACGGCGCUCUCGUUUACCAACGGAUAGCACAGACGAGCUCCACGGCGCUCUCGUUUACCAACGGAUAGCACAGACGAGCUCCACGGCGCUCUCGUUUACCAACGGAUAAAACAGACGGGCUACACGGCGCUCUCGUUUACCAACGGAUAGAACAGACGAGCUACACGGCGCUCUUGUUUACCAACGGAUAGAACAGACGAGCUACACGGCGCUCUCGUUUACCAACGGAUAGCACAGACGAGCUACACGGCGCUCUUGUUUACCAACGGAUAGCACAGACGAGCUACACGGCGCUCUCGUUUACCAACGGUUAGCACAGACGAGCUACACGGCGCUCUCGUUUACCAACGGAUAGCACAGACGAGCUACACGGCGCUCUCGUUUACCAACGGAUAGCACAGACGAGCUCCACGGCGCUCUCGUUUACCAACGGAUAGCACAGACGUGCUACACGGCGCUCUCGUUUACCAACGGAUAGCACAGACGAGCUACACGGCGCUCUCGUUUACCAACGGAUAGAACAGACGAGCUACACGGCACUCUUAUUUUUCAGAUGUUUGGUGUAACAAUUCAAUAUGUUCCUAAUCUUUGCUUUUUAUAUUUUUAUAUUGUUGUUAUAAACCUUUUUUCCAACAAGUGACACAUUUGACACCAACAUGAGUCAAGUAAGAUUUUAAACAGGGAAGAUUGUUAUUUUUAAACUUUAGACGGUACAAUCGGUUGUUUUUAACUUCAACUUGUAAGAUUGUUAGUUAGAUUGUUUGUUUUAAAAACGCACAAUAUAGAUUGAUGUGAAACCUC